UAAAAUACCUCCCUCAAGGGCAUAGGUAAGUCCUUAAUGUCAAAUAUUAAAUUUUCUAGAAAGUUUUCAACAAUUUUCUUCGAAACAAUUAUUCUAUAAUCAAAUUAUUCGAUUGUUUGAUUUUUAUCUUUGGUUAUGGCCCAACCACCAUCCAGAAGCAUCAUAAUGAUGAUAAUCAACAACUUUAUCAAUUCAAUCAAACCGCGACAAAUCCGCGGAACGCUCAUUGGCAAGGAUUAUUUCGGCAAUAAAUAUUACGAAAUACCUGCAGAUCCUAGCAUCGGCAAACGCCGCACUAACAGAUGGUUUGAACCCACAAUGAAAGAUAAUUUUGAUCAAGAAAUGCCAGCUGAAUGGGAAGCAUGGCUGAGAGGGCGACGCAAAUUGCCUCCCAGCGAGGAUGAGGUCAUGAAAAGCGUUGCGUUGAUGGAAAUGAAGAAGCAUAAUGCCAUUGAAGUGGAUGCCAAGGGUGGGAAGAUGACUCCUAUGGCAAAAGGCAUGGAAACAUUUCCACAUAGACCUGACUAUGAAAGAAUACCUGGAAAAGGUAAGUAAAUAUUAGAAAAAAAUGUAAAUUACUAAGGGGAACUUCGAAAAUGUUAAUAAUUUGAACUAUUAAAUGUUAAAAAUUG